UCGGACCCCCAUAGCUGCCCUCUCCAUCAACCUUGGAGCCGUCCCUUUAAAUAUGUGACGUCAGCGCUAAAUGUCCUGUCUACACGCGGAUUAAAGAUGGCUCCCUCUUAUGUGGUGAAGUCCUGCAAAAAGCUCCUCAACUGGAUACCUGUCGUUUUUAUAAAUCUUGUUGUUUUCUGGUCUUAUUAUGCAUAUGUCGUGGAGCUAUGUGUGUAUACGAUCCCCGGAGAUGCAGAACGAGUCAGCUACCUGGUCGUGUUUCACUUCUUCUUCUUCCUGUUCAUUUGGUCUUACUGGAAGACCAUCCUCAGCACGCCGGCCUGUCCCUCCUCCAACGCUUUUGGUCUUCCCAAGGCGGAGAAGGAGCAGUAUGAGAGGGAGCAGAGUUCGGAGGUUCAGCAGGAGCUCCUGAAGAAGGUGGCUCUGGAGAUGCCGGUGUACACUCGCACAGCAGGGGGCGCUGUGCGGUACUGUGACUCCUGUCAGUUGAUAAAACCCGACCGCUGUCAUCACUGCUCCACCUGCGAGAUGUGUGUUCUGAAGAUGGACCAUCACUGUCCCUGGGUGAAUAACUGCGUGGGCUUCUCCAACUACAAGUUCUUUGUGUUGUUCCUUGGCUACGGAUUUGUCUACUGUCUGGUCAUCUCGGCCACCGUCAUCCGAUACUUCAUCAUGUUCUGGACCAAACAACUGUCCGACACCCACGCCAAGUUCCACAUCCUCUUCCUGUUCCUGGUGGCGGCCAUGUUCUUCCUCAGCAUCCUGUGUCUCUUCAGCUACCACCUAUGGCUGAUAGGCCAGAACAGGACCACCAACGAGGCGAUGCGGUCGCCAAUCUUUCGAAAUGGUCGGGAUAAGAAAGGCUUUUCUCUAGGAUUCAGCCGGAACGUCGCAGAGGUGUUUGGAGACAGGAAGAUACUCUGGCUGUUUCCUAUCUUCUCAGGUCUUGGGGAUGGACAAACCUUUGUCACACGAUUGGUCCACAUAGAUCCUGAACAAGCCAAUCAAAUCCUCCAACAAAAUGGAAAAAUUCCUGCGGACGGAGAAAACCAUUCCAGCCUGCUUGAGAAUGGUGUAGCGCACACGGUGGCAGUGAUCUCCGAGAAAUCUGCUGCAGACCAAACAGUCUCCGUUACCAUGGAGAGUGUAUAACAGUUUCAGGGCACGGCGCCACUGGUUCUCCCAGCUUACUACGGAGCCCUGCUAGGGUAACAUGCUGGGAAAUACGUGUCAAUCUGUAGCCUCAAUCGAGCCAUCCGUACACACUGUUGAUAAACCAUAGCCACAGAUUACUAAACCGUACACGCAGAUUACCGACGCGGGCGUACAUAUAACCAAACCGUACACACGGAUUACAUUUGGGAGUGGAAUGAGUUGAAACAAGUUUGCCCAAAUCGCAAAAUCGGUACAUACGGGGGUGGGGGAAUCUGGGAACGGUUUAGUAAUCCAACCUCACGUUGGAGGGUACAGAUUUACAGAGAGGUGAUGUUCCACCGUAUGAACCCAGCCGGGCUCUGUAACCUGCCAAAUAUUCAGCUUUUAGCUUGUAGGUUACGUCUCAAUACCCCUUGUUUAUCGUUCUUCGGCCGGGUCGUUUGUUUAUAUCUUCUUUAGGUUCUAUGCUAUCAAUUCGAAUUUUUUCACAUUACCAAUUUGUUCAAAUUUGGCAUUCUGUGCCAUUAGUAAAUCCAGUAUUUAAAAAAAGAAAGAAGAUGGUUUACAUGGGUCCCUUUGGCCCACGAGGCAUGGUGUGUGUUGGGGAUGAUAGAGAGGCAUUAGCAUGCAUGAGAGAGAUAACAGAACUACUUAUUUCACUAACCUACUUGUUUGUUUCUUCAAACCGCGCCACCCUACCUCAGGGAUUGGCGCUGUGGUUUAUCUAAUUGUGUUGUCAAAUCAAGUUAGAUUUGAUUUGUUGCUAUUUAAAACCUAAGUCCACCUAAGUCAUGCUGUUUACAAUAAUAAUGUUUUUAUUCUGCGCUACAUUCCAUAUUUGAUAUAUUAGGAUGGGAAUUAGGAAAAAGGAUAUGAGCACACAGCCUUUUAGGAUAAUGGAUGAGAUGAUAUACACUGCUAUAACAGCUGAAGUUGUUAGAUGCCAUUCUUUAUUGCACUACAUAUAUUUGUUAUUUUUAUUUAUUCGAUUAUUUAUUUAGCAUUCAGUGUUAAGCUGCUGUUUUGUGUUUUUUACAUCAUUGCUUUGUUGUUGACUUUGGUUGUAAAGGGAAAGGUGCGUAGUCUAGAUAACUAUCCAAAGCUUUACAAACAUCAAGUCCUUUUUAUAAAAAAAAACAAAUAUCAUACGUGGAUCUGAUUCUAUUCGUAUGAUUCUUUUAGAAAUCUUUUUUUCAAAAUGAAAGUAAAUGUUUCCUUAUAGGUUGCAUACAAUUUUUGUAUUGUAAUUGUAAUUGCAAAACACAGUGGCUCUGUAAUCCAAAGCCUUUAAAGCUAAAAGAUGAAAUAUUUAUUUCAAUUAUUUUCUUUAGUUUGUAAAAUGUGUUUAUUUAUUUGUUUUAAGGAUCCCCAUUAGCUGAUGCCAUGGCAUUCAGCUAAUCCUCCUAUGAAGGUUGUUUUUCUCAAAGUUUAUUGCUUACAAUUUUUGGUUGACAUUUGGUCUGAAAUGUAUACAUUUAUACACUUUUCUACUCCAAACAGAUUAUCAGAUUAUCAGUUGCAUUUAAUUCAGAGAAAUGGCACAGGUGUUGAUUGUCAUGGUGAUCGUUGGAUCAUGGGUUUAGCAACUUAUAAAUACUAAAACAUUUAAAACCAAAGUAACUUUGUGUAACAACAAAACUAAAUUGUGUUCCACCAUUAACCAUAACAAAACAUUUUGGAUUUCCUCUGCAAUACAUUCUGUUCUGGUGUAUAAGAAAUGUUUUCAAAUAACUUUUUUCACUGUGAGAUUGGAUAUCGCUUAUUACUUGUAGUAACUGUAAUUUUUCAAAUAUGCUGUGGUCUUUUUCACAAUCACAGCCGACACAGUAUAAAUCAAGACAACUAUAGGUAUAUAGUUAAUCGCAAUGGUAGCACAUUUAUGUACAUGGUUCAAAGUCUGAAUUAAAAUGUCUUGUUUUAAAUACCCAAUCAAAUGUCUCAUUUAUUUUCAUUCUAUAAAAGCAUAAG